AUGUCGACGACAGUCAGCAAGCGCAAGCGGGCAAAGAAGGCGUGCAUCCCGUGCCAUCAGCGCAAACGAAAAUGUGACGCGGAGUAUCCCUGUGGCACGUGCAUCACCUACGAAUAUAACUGCAGAUACGCCGACGACGACACGACUAGCACUGCGGGUGGAGGCGGGCACGCUCCACCCCUAGCCAAGCGCGUCAUUCUUGACGGGGGGAGUGGUUUGGCCAGCGGGGUCACCACUAAAUCGCGCAACCCAGACAGCCAACCUCAUGUAGCGAGAGCUCCCCAGUCCGCUGACAGCCCGUCGACAGAGAGCCCUACCGUCGGGGGCGGCAUCUUCGACGAGCAGAAGUCCAGAUACACCGGAGCAUCGGCGGCCAUGGCCUUCCCGCACAUCCUGGGCGUGGCUCUCGGCUCCGACAGCCCUCCCAAGGUCAACUCGUUCGCCUACACCUUUGGGAUCCGCCCCGAGGAGGCCUCCAACGUUUAUGGCUUCCUCGGGAAAAUCAUCUCGGAGGACGACCUCGCCUUCUACUCGAAUGUGUUCUUCUCUGCAAUGGGCCCUAUCGGCGACUACAUGGACCCGAGAAUCUACGCCCAGCGAUGUCGGGAUUAUUAUCAUGGCUCCGGCAGCACCACGGUCGCCUUUGGCGCCGUAGCCGCCGGCGUCGCUGCCUUUGGGUCGUUCCUCUCCCCAACCAGAUACCCACGGGAGUCCGACCUGGUGCAGUACGCUAAAGCGAUUCUCGAUGAUCCAGCGUCCAUGCGUGUGCUGAGCAUCGACCACAUUAUCGCGUGGGGCAUGCGGUUAUUUUAUCUACGGUCCACAACCCGCCCCAGUAAUGCCUGGGUUGCGUCGUGCACUCUCAUGCACCUCUGCGAAGUGGUCGGGCUGCACGAGGAAGAGAACAUCAAACGGAUGGCGUCUGUCGCCGGCGCCGCUGUUGUUGGACAUGAUGCGGACCGGCUGAGGCGAAUUUUCUGGAUCUCGUGGGCCGGCCAUCAAAUGCUGUCGUAUGAGUACGAUCGUUCGGCUGUAAGAUUUUCCUCCGUGACUUGUGAGGCGAUCAUCCCGAUACAAGGGUCCGUUGCCGACCAGUUCGUGCAAAUAAUCCAAAUGAUCCCGUCGCCCAACUCGCCGUUCCAGCUCGAAUGUCAGCCUGCAACGCCGAGGGAGGAGCUAUUUGAGCGUCUCAAGGCAUUGAGUAAACUCCAUCCCACCCAUCCGUUCCUCGUGGCGACCAAGGCGGACCUUAUGUUUUGCUUCUAUCGACGCAUUUAUCAGCUCAAGACGGGCAUAACGGACGAGAUAGUCCAACUCGUCAUUGAUUGCGGUAACGACGCAGUGGAGGCGGCUGAGCAGCUGGCCAACGACGGUCGUCUGCUUUGGAACGUCAUAGGCAGCGUCUUCCAGUAUGCCUGUGUCUUGCUGGCCAUCGACACGCCGGCCGCCUCUGCUCACAUCCCUGCUGCCUUCAAGGGGUUGGAGAAUCUGGUCAGGGCUGCGGACACAGGACUGACCCGUCAGGCAUUGUCAAUAGCGCGGCAUUUGCUCAGCCUCAAUAUAGCAAAGAAGCGAAAGGAGCUGAUCCAGCUGGAAGCCGUCGAGGCGGGCUACGAACCCUUCCAGGCGCAGCCGGAACCCGAGGUCCACGCCGCUUUGCCGGACCUUGCCUGGGGAAGCGUGGACUGGGACCAGUUGCUCAUCGAGCCAUAUCUAUCGUUUCUCGGUCCCGACAUCCAGUUGUAG